CGUGCUCAAGCCUUCCUGUCACCCCAAGCUCCUGAUUCACCGCCCCUCUCUUAUUCUCCUUUUCUUUCUCUUUCCCUCCCACCCUCCAUCCUUGAAUCAAGCAUCACUUUGCUUCCAAAUUGGCUUGUCAUUUUCUCUCGGCGCUCGUUCGCUAGCUGUCGGGUCGCAUGGACGAUCUAGCAAUGGACUGGCGCUGAUCUCGUGGAUUGUGCCAUCGCUGGAGCCACUCUGCGCAUUUUCCUCUUAUUCCAAAAAAAAAAAAAAAAAACACUGGUCGGGAUACAGCACGGGAUACGAUCCCCCGUGUCCACCAUAGAUCUACUGGGUUUGGGGGACGAAGGAUACUCGAUAUAUAUUCAGUUCUUUGAUCGAGGGUCCUCGGGAGGCUUGAAGCCUCAGAACGGCGCAUCUGGAGGAGAAGCUCAAAACAUCAUCUGCGUGUUUUAUUCACACACGGACACACUGUCAAGGGAAUUAAGGAGCAUUCCGAGAUCACACAGCCCGAUGCUGCUCAGCACAUCCAUAGCUGACUCCUUUUCCAGUGCUUUAUAAGAUGCGGUGUGCGCGUCAGAAAGAAGCGCAAUGGCUUUAACGUGUCCGAGACGCAGCUUCAGCGAGUCAGUGCAGAGGUCAACAGGGUCAUCGGCGGUCAUGUGGUCCACACGCCUACUUUUCUUCUUCACCCUCUUCACACCCGUCACGCUCGUUUUGAGUCGGGCUCCAGUGCCGAUGGCUGUGGUGCGUCGAGAGCUGUCGUGUGAGGGUUAUCCUAUCGAACUGCGCUGCCCGGGCACUGAUGUCAUUAUGAUCGAGAGCGCCAAUUAUGGGCGCACAGAUGACAAGAUCUGUGACUCGGACCCCGCUCAAAUGGAGAACACUCGCUGCUAUCUGCCUGAUGCCUACAAGAUUAUGGGCUUCAGGUGUAACAACCGGACUCAGUGUGCAGUCGUUGCUGGCCCUGAUGUUUUUCCCGAUCCGUGUCCUGGAACGUACAAAUACCUGGAGGUUCAGUAUGAGUGUGUGCCAUACAAAGUGGAACAGAAAGUCUUUCUCUGCCCAGGUGUAUUGAGAGGCGUGUACCAGAGUGAACAUCUCUUCGAAUCAGACCACCAGGCUGGAUCAUGGUGUAAGGACCCCUUACAGUCAUCCAAUAAGAUCUACUACAUGCCCUGGACACCGUAUCGCACAGACACACUGACUGAGUAUUCAUCUAAGGAGGACUUUAUUGCAGGUCGCCCUACCACCACAUACAAACUGCCCCAUCGGGUGGACGGCACUGGGUUUGUGGUGUAUGAUGGCGCGCUUUUCUUCAACAAGGAACGUACACGCAACAUUGUUAAAUUCGACUUGCGAACUCGUAUCAAGAGUGGUGAGGCAAUUAUCGCUAACGCUAAUUACCAUGACACCUCGCCAUAUCGCUGGGGUGGAAAGUCUGACAUUGAUCUCGCAGUGGAUGAAAAUGGACUAUGGGUGAUUUAUGCCACCGAACAGAACAAUGGCCGAAUCGUGGUCAGUCAGCUCAACCCCUACACACUCAGAGUGGAGGGCUCAUGGGAUACAUCAUACGAUAAGAGAUCAGCCUCCAAUGCCUUCAUGAUCUGCGGAAUCCUUUAUGUCGUGAAGAGUGUUUACGAAGAUGACGAUAAUGAAGCUCUAGGGAAUAAAAUUGACUACAUGUACAACACAGAGAAGAGCCGUGAAACGCAUCUUAGCAUCCCAUUUCCAAAUUCCUACCAAUACAUCGCAGCCGUGGACUACAAUCCCAGAGACAACUUGCUGUAUGUGUGGAACAACUACCAUGUCGUCAUAUAUUCUCUCGACUUUGGAAACAAUGACAACAGACUGGGCUUUGAUCCGCCUUCUUCAGUCUUGCUACCUGAUCCUCUUCCUCCAGUACGCAGCUCCACGACUCCUCCACGCCCAUAUACAGGCACGCUCCGCCCCUCUCUCACCACUACCACGACGACCACCAUGGUUCCUCCUCGCCGCCAUAACAACGUCCUCCCAGAAGCCCUGACUCGAGCGCCUCCCUCCCCGCAGACUCCCGUCACUGUUGACUAUUGUGCCCCACGUCUCACUGCUGAAAUCUCCUGGCCACGGACACACCAGGGACAAGUUGCUAAGCAACCGUGCCCACCUGGCACCAUAGGUGUAGCCACGUUUAAUUGUUUGCUUGGCUACUGGGACCCGAAGGGACCAGAUCUGAGCAACUGCACCUCACCGUGGACCAAUCAUAUCACUCAAAGAAUGAGAUCGGGCGAAACUGCUGCUAUAGUAGCCCGGGAAUUGGCUGAACAGACAAAGGGAGAGUUGAGACCCGGAGAUGUCCCAUCAACAGUCAAAGCCAUGGCACAGCUGGUGGAACUACUGGACGUGCAGCUGCGAAACCUCACCCCUGGGGGAAAAGACACCGCCGCACGCAGUUUAAACAAGCUCCAGAAGAGAGAACGGUCGUGCCGCUUCUUCAUACAGGCCAUGGUGGAGACGGUGAAUAACCUUCUGCAGGUGCGAUCUCAGGCGGCGUGGAGAGAGCUUUCUGUAGCCGAGCAGCUGCGAUGCGCAACCAUGCUCCUGGACACGGUGGAGACGGGAGCCUUCAUGCUCGCAGACAACCUGUUAAAAACAGACACCAUACAGGAGAGCACAGACAACAUCCAACUGGAGGUGGCUCGGCUAAGUACAGAUGUUAAUCUGGCGGAUCUAAGCUUCCCCCAAUCUGGACUAACCGGCAACUCCAUUCAUCUCUCAGCCAACACACUCAAACAGCAAGGACGCAAUGGUGAGAUCCGUAUGGCGCUGGUUCUUUAUAAGAACCUCGGCCAAUACUUGUCCACAGAGAAUGCAAGCGUGCGUCUUGGCAGCGAAGCCGUCUAUCCAAACUAUUCCCUGAUAGUCAACUCACCUGUUAUUACAGCAGCCAUUAAUAAAGACAGUAACAAGGUCUACUUGUCUGAACCUGUGGUCUUCACUGUCAAGCACAUACAGCAGUCAGAAGAGAACUUCAAUCCAAACUGCUCUUUCUGGAGUUACUCUAAACGCACCAUGACAGGAUUCUGGUCCACUCAGGACUGCAGACUGCUGGGCACCAACCGCACCCACACUUCUUGCUCCUGCACACACCUCACCAACUUUGCUGUGCUUAUGGCCCAUGUGGAGGUGAAGAAAGCAGACCAGGUGCAUGAGCUGCUAUUGGACGUCAUAACAUGGGUGGGGAUCCUGCUGUCUCUGGUCUGCCUGCUCAUCUGCAUCUUCACCUUCUGUUUCUUCCGUGGUCUGCAAAGCGACAGGAACACCAUCCACAAAAACCUCUGCAUCUCCCUCUUUAUUGCCGAAACCCUCUUCCUCACCGGGAUCAACCGUGCAGACCAGCCUAUCGUCUGCGCUGUGUUUGCGGCCCUGCUGCAUUUCUUCUUCUUGGCUGCGUUUACGUGGAUGUUUCUGGAAGGCGUACAGCUGUACAUCAUGCUGGUGGAAGUGUUCGAGAGCGAGUACUCGCGCACCAAGUACUUCUAUCUCACAGGAUAUGGAGUGCCAGCUGUCAUAGUAGCUGUAUCGGCUGCUGUGGACUACCGUAGCUACGGCACUGAAAGAGUGUGCUGGCUCAGGUUAGAUACUUACUUUAUCUGGAGUUUCAUUGGGCCUGCUACUCUCAUCAUCAUGCUGAAUGUUAUUUUUCUGGGCAUUGCACUGUAUAAGAUGUUUCACCAUACAGCCAUUCUCAAGCCUGACUCCGGUUGCCUGGACAACAUCAAGUCCUGGGUUAUAGGCGCUAUUGCUCUGCUGUGUCUGCUGGGUUUGACCUGGGCAUUCGGGCUCAUGUAUAUCAAUGAGAGCACUGUCAUCAUGGCCUACCUCUUCACUAUCUUCAACUCGCUGCAGGGAAUGUUCAUCUUCAUAUUUCACUGCAUCCUGCAGAAAAAGGUGCGUAAGGAAUAUGGCCGAUGUCUCCGCACACACUGCUGCAGUGGGAAGAGUGUGGAGUCAACCAUCUCCACCUCAACAAAGACAAGCACAGCCCGCACACCUGGACGCUACUCCACCAACUCACAAAGUCGUAUUCGUAGGAUGUGGAAUGACACCGUCAGGAAGCAGUCAGAAUCGUCUUUCAUCACCGCUGAUAUGAACAGCUCAGCGACUCUCAAUAGAGGUACCAUGGCUAACCAUCUCAUCUCCAAUGCUUUGUUACGUCCUCAUGGCACUAAUCCUUAUAACACACUACUGGGAGAGUCUGCUGUGUACAAUAACCCUACUGCCAACAUGUUCAACACCCAAGCCUCCUACAGAGAUUCAAAGGGCAUUCUCAACAACGCACGGGACUCCAGCGUCAUGGAUACUCUGCCUCUUAAUGGCAACCAUGGCAACAGCUAUGGUGUGGCAGCAGGAGAUUACCUUACCUACAGUUCCCGUGGCAGCGAGCCACCAACUACGCUUGAGAAGAAGAUCCUGAAAGAGCUGACGGCGAACUACGCUCCUUCAUACCUGAACACACAGGAGCGACAGGGAAAAGCCCACCAGGGCACCCUGACAAAUAAACUCAACAACCAUCUGGCCAACGGAGGCGUCGCCGGAUCUUCGUCCAUCCCCAAAGACGAUGUCAUGGUGCUCGACAACCCUGGAGCGUUUCACCGGCAUGAUGACGGGGGUGGGUUAAGUCUGGAACUCAUUCGGGAGGAGUCACAAGCUCCGCUCUUGCCACCGCGACCGCCCCCUCCUGAAAACCACGCCCCCUUGCACACGUUCACUGCCCAUCGGCGCCUCCCACAGGAGAACAGCGAGAGCUUUUUCCCCCUUCUCCCCAAUGACACACACUCUUCCCACACACACACUCCCCGUGCGCACACACACUCUCCCCUCAGAGACUCGCUUUAUACCAGCAUGCCCACGCUCACCGACCUCCCGCACGGCACUGAUGACCUCAUCAACGGUCUCCAUGACGAUGAAGACGAAGAGGAGGAAGAAGACGGUGAGGAGGAAGAGGGCAGCGAGCUGCACUUGGCCAACGGCAAAGGGGUCAUCAUGGAGUCGGACGACGUGUACUACAAAAGCAUGCCCAACCUGGGCUCCAGGAACCACAUACAGGAACUAGAGAGCUACUAUCAGAUGGGACGUGGCGGCAGUGACGGGUUCAUCGCCCCACCUGAGAAAGAAGACUCGUCGCCUGAAGAACAGCCACCAGAUCCUUCACAACUGGUCACCAGCCUAUAGACACUGACGCACGCGCACACACAUCGUCACUCAGCGCGUGUGUGUGAGUGUGACACAAUGCACAAGGCAUGGGAUACACUACCUACUGCACUGAUAGAGAGACUGAUUCCAGAAAGCCCCACAACUCCAGUUCAUACAAGCCACCAAAAUCCAGCUCCAGUUAGAACCAGUAACCAGAACUAGUAACCCAUUCCUACGCUAGAACAAGGACUACCGCAUGUAGGCAGGUCUCAUAGACCUUUUUUCUUGUCAAUUUCGUUGGAAAUCCGCUGAGUAAAACCCUUUUAAAAUCUGGAGACGUGGACAAACUUUUGCUCCCUUGAUCAUUUGCUCUCCUCGACCUUCAUCCAGCGGCCGCGUGAUUUUCCUUGAAGCUCUCCGUGGAUAGCAGAGAGCCUGUAAACAGACUACGGAAAACUAGCUGCCAUUUUAGAUGACCGUGUAUGAUAAUGAGACCACCGACCUAGACUCUGAACUGCAUAAAACCCACAACAACUCUCUAGACUUCUCUGUGAUUCUCUGCUGCACACAUUCCUUCUCGUUUAGCACCGAUCCGGAAGUCAUCUAAUCUUCAAAACCGAGGACGCAUCUUGUUUUCUUACGUUUAUUUUUCAGUAAUAAUCUCAGUUAUGGGAAAGGUAAUCUUCACUAAAUACAAACAAAUGGAACAUUUUGUCCAUGUAAAAUGUACAGAUUCCCGAUAUUGCAUAUGAUCGUAUGCGUUUCAUGUUUUCGACAUAUUUUGCCCCCUGUAUGUGUUUUUGUAGACUAGACCAAUCCCACAAUGCUGUGCCGGUCCUCCAGAAUACUAUCCCUUAAAGACACAGCACACGUAUCGACAUACACACUCUGGUUUGAAAGGAUGACCAUGCUUCCUUCUUUAUUUUUCGUUCAAAUGCAACACUUUGUUAUUGUAACUCUCACUGUGUCGAUGAUAACCAAGAGACUCUGGGAAAGUGGCUGUUUCGUGAUUGGAAGCUAUUGCAGAUGGGAUCCCAAUGAUGCUGGAAUGUCGUCAUGUCACGAAUACCAGAGUGUUUACGCUUGUACAUGCCACCUUUUAUAAGAGCAGGAAUUCCAGAUACGUGUGUGUUGGCACAGCUAAAAAUGUUCUCAGGCUAAAAGAUGGUCUGUUUUUGUGACAUAUCGAGUCUGUUUUUAACGGUUUAAUCAACAUAGAAAGAGAAGCUAGUGAGGUGAAAUCGCAAACGAAAGUGUGGUCUGGGGAAAUUGUGAUUAAAAAUCAUGCGUGAACUCAUAAAAUAACCAUGUAAAAGAACAGACUAGGAAUUCAGCGGAGUUGUUUUGGAAAAUGGAAACAACCUUGUAAAGGUCGGUUUCUGAAACUACUGUUUACUUGUUCUCAAACUGAGACUCCCUGUAGCUUGCACAUCUAUCCCUUGUUAACCCACCCCGAGAAAAAUUGACUGCAUAUUUAUUCCUGUGAUUCAGUCUUGUUUUUUUAUUAUUAUUAUUUGUUAUUUUUCCAACAGAUCAGAAAUGUAGGAUCUUAGAGAGCGUCGGGAAAAGAAACGAAUCAGCACUGAGACCUUUUUUUAUUGUUAUUAUCAUCAAUAUUAUUAUUACAAUAUCAAUGAAAUUAUUAUUUAUUCUUUUCAUAUGCAUUCUAAACUGAAUGAACUCAUAACUAAUAUUUGUUGUAACAGUGAAAGUUGUUUGCCAACAAAUAAAAUGACUGAAUUAAUAUUUACAAUAUUUCA